AUGUCUGAAAUGCUUUUAAACCUUUAUGAUAAUAUCAAGAAAAAAACAUUAUUUUAUGUUAUUUUACUAUAUAUUUCUCUGAUUUUGCCUUACAAUUUUUAUCACUUAAAAAAUAACGUAUUUUUUUUGGGGACAUCUUAUUCAUUUAAAAAAAAAAAAAGGAAUACAAUAAAAAAUAUUAGAAUAUAUAACUCAAAAUGUGUAUGUGAAAAUGUUGAUAAAAACUAUGAUGUUAUAGUCAUUGGAGGAGGGCAUAGUGGAUGUGAAGCCAGUUAUAUAAGUGCUAAAUUAAAUGCAAAGACUUUGUUAAUAACUCAAAAUAAAAAUAGUAUAGGUGAAAUGUCUUGUAAUCCAUCUAUAGGUGGAAUAGGUAAGGGUAUUUUAGUAAAAGAAAUUGACGCAUUAGGUGGAUUAAUGGGAAAAGUAAUAGAUAAAAGUGGGAUUCAUUUUAAAAUUUUGAAUUUAAAAAAGGGUUUAGCUGUUAGAGGACAUAGGGCACAAGCAGAUAGAGAUUUAUAUAAUUAUUAUAUGAAAAAAUAUAUUUUAAAUACUAAAAAUUUAUAUAUUAUUGAAAAUACUGUACAAUCAUUAUUAAUUGAAAAUUUUAAUGACAAAAAGAAAAGAGUCUAUGGAAUAAAAAAUAAAUGUUCUUGUGAGUUUUAUGCUUAUAGUGUUAUUUUAACAACUGGAACAUUUUUAGGUGGUAUUUGUCAUAUUGGUAAAGAAAAAUACCAUGGUGGAAGAAUCAAAAGAGUAUUCAACUCUCUUGAUUGCAAUGAAUCAAAUGUAACAAAAAAUUAUAAAUCAAAUAACAUUGACCUUAAUAGUAAAAAUGAAAAAAUUCAGUUUACAAAAAAUAUAUGCAUUAAUAAAAAUGUACAGAAUUAUUCUGAAAAAUGUAAUGAUGAAAUAAAUAACGGUAUUGAUUCCAUAUUUGAUAAUUUAAUAGAAUCAUCAACCAAAAGUAUUGCAAAUCAACUCAAAGAAUAUAAUUUUGAAAUAAACAGGAUGAAAACAGGAACUCCUCCAAGAUUAGAUAUUAAUAGCAUUAAUUUUGAUAUAUUAGAUAAAGAAGAUACAGAAAAAAAAAACCCUUUUUAUUUUUCUUUUUUAAACAGCAAUAAAAUAAAUAAUAAUAAAACACUACCUUGCUAUAAAACAUAUACAAAUGAGAACACACAUAAUUUAGUAAAAAAAUAUUUAAAUGAAUUACCUGAUUUUGAUAGUUACGAUAAAUUAGGAAAUGGUCCUAGAUAUUGUCCCUCCAUAGCUAAAAAAGUAACAAAAUUUGCUGACAAAAAAAAGCAUAUUAUAUGGAUAGAACCAGAAGGUCUUAAUGAUACAUUAAUAUAUCCAAACGGAUUAAGUUCUGCCUUUCCUAUACAUGUACAGAAAAAAAUAGUAAAUUCUAUAAAAGGUUUAGAAGAAGCAAAGAUAAUUUUUCCAGCUUAUGAUGUAGAAUACUAUUAUGUGAAUCCUAAAUGUUUAAAUUACACUUUGGAGACAAAAAAUGUUAAGGGAUUAUUUUUAGCUGGUCAAAUUUGUGGGACAACAGGAUAUGAAGAAGCUGCAUGUCAAGGAAUUGUUGCAGGAAUAAAUGCAGCAUUAAGUUCAUCUAAAAACAAAAUGGAUACUACGAGCUUUGUAUUAAAAAGAAAUGAUAGCUAUAUUGGUGUUUUAAUACAUGAUUUAAUAAAUAAAGGGGUUACAGAACCUUAUAGAAUGUUUACAUCAAGAGCUGAAUAUAGAUUAUAUUUAAGGCCAGAUAAUAGUGAUAUUAGAUUAACACCAAAAGCAGACAAAUUAGGAAUAGUUUCUAAAGAAAGAAUUUAUAUCUUAAAUCAAAAAUAUAAUUCUGUUAAUAAAUUAAUUUUUAUUUUUAAAAAGUUAUUUUUUAAUGAUAUUAAAAAAAAAAAAAACACAAAUAGAAAUGAAAAUACAAGUUUUUGUAGUAUCGAGAGUAAUAAUUCAAAUCAAAAUGAUUGCAAAAUGAAUUUUUCAACUCAAGAUAAUUCUAAUAAUUCUGAGAAAAAUAUUAAAAUAAAAUCUUAUAAAAAAAUUAAAGAAAACGAUGAAUCUAAGAAUGUAAUUAAUAGUCACAAAAAUUCACUUAAUAAUAAUUGUAUUGAUAAUAUAGUUAUUCAUAAUGAUAGUAUAAAAGAUACUAGAGAUGGAUUAAUUCAUUCAAAUGAUAAUAUUAAUUUCACGUUAGAACAUGAUAAAAAAAAUAUGAAAAGUUUAUAUAAUAUUCUAAAAAGUGGGGUAGAAUAUCCCUUAGACGUCCUAUUGCACAAAUUAAAAGAUAUGGAAAAUUUGAGUCAAUUUAAAAGCAUGUUAUCAAAUGAUGAAAAUCAUUUAAAUAUUUACAUGGAUAAAUAUAAUUUCGAUACAUCUCUUCUAAAAUGUGAAAACAUUUUAAUAAAUUUAACGACGUUAGAAACUGCUUGUGCAGAAGUUAAAUAUUCUCCUUAUUUAAAGAAACAGAUUCAAGAAAUAAAUAAAAUAAAAGAUAAUUUUAACUUAAUUAUACCUUCUUAUAUAAAAUAUAAUAGGGAUAACUUUCCAUAUUUAUCAAAUGAAGAAAUUGAAAAAUUGAAUAAAUUUAAACCUCAAACAUUAUAUGAUGCUAAUAAAAUUGAAGGUGUAACUAUGAGUGCUAUUUAUUAUUUAUAUUAUUACAUAAAAAGUGAAAAAAAUAAAUGA